CUUCUCCAGCUGCUCCAGGGAUGGGAGGAGACCCUAUCACCUCGCAAAAUGAUCGGGACGGGGUCUCUUAUGACGUUGAGCCGAGCCAGGAGGAGUCAGCUUGGGUGGGAAUGGGGCGCGACCACCGCAAGAGGCUGCUGGCAGGAUGGGUCUGUGCAAGUCCAAGCUGGCUCAGACGAGCAGGCCUCUGAGGCCUCGGGAGAAGGACAUCCUCAAGUCUGUCCUGAUCAUCUUCGUGAUGGGUGGCCCAGGCAGUGGAAAAGGGACACAGUGCAAGUAUAUGGCCACCAAGUACGGUCUCUACCAUGUGGGGCUGGGCCAGCUGCUGCGUCAGGAGGCCCAGAGAGGCACCCAACGGGGCCGGCAGAUCCAUGACUUCAUGCUGCAGGGGCUCUUGGUGCCAACGGUAGGCCGGGCCCCCAACGCUGUCAUUGUGUUCGACUGCUCCAUGGAGACAAUGGUACGCCGACUGCUGGGCAGGGGCAAGGUAGAGCACAGAGCGGACGACUCGGAGUCUGCCAUCCAGCGGCGCCUGGAGACUCACUACACCUUGUGUGAGCCUGUCCUGACCUUCUACCAGCAGAAAAACCUGCUGCGAAAUAUCCUGGCAGAAGCAGCACCAGAGAACAUUUUUGCCAAGUGCUGCUCUGUCAUUGAAAGUCUGCAGUGA